CGGACGCCGCCAGAGGAGGCUGCGCUUUCGUGAAUAUUAUUCCCUAUUUUCAACAAUACAUACUCUUUGAAUUGGAUUUUCAAAGCAUUUCCAUGAUUGUUGAACGUUUGUAGAAAAGACAUAUGAAGAGCUAGUGAUGUUUCAUAAGAAUGAAUGAGUUAGAAUUAAUGCAGAGCAGAGUGGGAUGGAUACUCAUGCAUUUCCUUAGUAAAAAUUUUUCAAGCCUAUCAAGAUGAUUGGAAUACUUCUAUGGAAUCUGUUGGUCUUUGUUGCUGGUGCCCUGAGCAUAGUGGUGCCGACCUGGUGGUGGAUGACAUCACAGGACUUGGAGUGCACACAAAAGGAAAAGACCUCUGUGACUGAGAGUGUUCUACCUGAUGAGCUGGUGAACAAGCUGAAGCAAGGAGAAGGAUUUCAUCGUCGAGAAACCUGCUUGUCCUUGAACCUGAUACUCCAGUUCUUCUUUCAAGAAAAACGUUUUGAACCUGGAAUCUUGCGAUGGCUCACCAACAUUCUCACUCUGGAGUUUAAUGACUUGCUGAAGCAUAGAGCAUUGUCCAAGUUCAUCUAUAAUAUGCAGAUUAGAGACUUGAAUCUUGGAACAAACUUCCCUGUGAUUCGGGCAGUCACAGCAAAGCAUGUCAAUCUCAACCCGGAAACAUCCAUUCUUGAGAAAGUGGAUAUUAAUGUGGAGGUGGAAUAUAAUGGGGGAAUUCAACUGGCUGUUGAUGCAUCUUCUAGAUUCUCUAAAGCUGCUAUGGUCAAGAUAAAAGUUGUCCAUCUCUCUGGGAAUGGUCGGCUACAGUUUUCAAGGCAUCCAUUCACCCACUGGAGUUUCUCCUUCUAUGAUGAACCACAGGUUGAGUUUGAAGUGUAUUCAAGCUUGGGGCUCCACAUUCCUCGCUUCAACUCAAUUAUAGUCUCACAGCUCCGAGGGAUACUUAAACGCAAGCAUACCUUGCCCUAUUUCAAACUAAGAGGACCUCCUCUGAUCAGAAGACACACUCAGCAAGUCAAUGAAGAAGGUUGCUCUGUUCCACCAGGAAGACUGACCGGCAGUGUUGUCAAGUGUACACGUCUUCAGGCUUCAUUGGUUGGUGAGGUGAUGUACUGCACUGUGUUAUUGACGGAGGUUCCUGUUGUUUGUGCUAUUGAGAAGACUUCAGGCUUGUGGGUCAUUCAGGAUGUUUCUUUAAAACGUCCUCAAGGCUCUUCGGUUGGAAUCCUACUGAGGAAUUCAGAAGAGGGAACUCAGAUUAUAGAAUCAGUCCAGCAAAACUCUCCAGCUCAUCUUGCAGGCCUUCGAAAAAAUGAUGUUGUGUUAGCUGUUAAUGGAACAUUUUUAAACUCUGGCCAGCAGGCAGUAAAAUUAUUCUCUACGUGCAAUAUCAACGGUGACAAGAACAGCAUCACUAUAAGAGUGAAGAGACUAGUUCACUCUGAAGGAAAGAAGAUGUUACCUGAGCACAAAACUGUGGGCUCAGAUGCUUCUUCAGCAGUUGUCGGAGAAGAAGCUUCAGGUGAAAUCAGCGGAAGCGGCCGAUCAACACCAGACUCCAGCCACAACAACAGUCCUGAAAUGAAGCGCAAACUAUUAGACCUGCACACACUCUCCAUCGACCCCAGACCUGCUGUUCUGAGUCAAGACAAAUCUCCAAUGACAUCUGCUGCUUCUAAGACCAUUCCAAGGGCUGUCUCUAGUUUCAAUCAAGACAAAUCUCCAGUUUACACUUCUGUUCAGAGUUUUCCUGGACCUCAGUCCACCGAGAGGCCUCCCUCCACCCACAGUAGUAAAGCCGGAACUCCAACCUCAUCAGAAAUUUUAAUGAAUAUUAUUAAUUCAGAGAAGAGAGGAUGCAAGAAGUAUGGAGGGAAAAGUAAAGGACAGGUGAAGUUGUUACAGACACCUUUCAUUGAUGGCAGCUGUGAUCCUUCAUUUGAUAGUGAUUUUGAGUUUUGGUUAGAGGAAGAAAAUAAAUACAUGUGUGUAGCUGUUUGGAGUAGAAGUAUUUCUAACUCAAAAGAAGAUUUUGGCCUACCACCUGAAAAACUAAAGGAAACUCGAGAAAAGUGCAAACUAAAGGACAAUGAGAAGGAUAGGAGAAAGAACAGUGAAAAUGAAAAACUGAAGACUGCAAGUGAAAAUGUGGCAGGUGGUUUGACAGAAGACACAUUAGUGGGCUAUGUAAUCUUGCCGCUCAUCUCUCUCAUCCCGGAGACAACCCUCAACACCCAAGGGCAUGCCAUCAAGAUUCUGAGUUUGAAUCCCCCUCAUCCUAAGUGCCCAGAAGUGGCAUCUGAUCCACUUAACUUACAUAAAGGAUUCAACCCAAGCUUUUGUUAUGGGGAUAUGAUGCUCUCACUGACAUACCAACCCCAAGAUAGAUGUGAUACUCUUAGUCGGGUAGUUCUUGACAAGAAUGCACUCUCUGAAGAUGAAAGCCUGACAGACUGCACAUUGUCUGAGGAUGAAGAUGUGCCCACGAUACACGAGGCUGCUGAGGACCGUAACCAUGACUUCAAGAGAACCCACUUCCACUCUGCCACACAGUGUAACUUUUGCAGAAAGAAGAUUUGGCUCAAAGAUGCUUACCAAUGUGGGGAAUGUGGUGUCAUCUGCCACAAAAAAUGCAUGGAGCGCUGUGAACAGGAGACAACUUGUGACCCUAGUGGGCUAAAGUAUAAAGACUCUCCCAAGAAUGACAACCAAGAGAUCCGGGAACAUAAGGAAGCACCAGAAAUCAUAACAACCAUUGCUGUGGGCACAGACACUGAAAACGGAAGCCCUAGAAAUACCCCACCCGUGUCACCUCAAACCCAACGCCGCACCCUUGGCAGCCUAUUUGCCCAGGUUGCCAGUGCCAGCAAGGGCAGUUUGAAGCGUGCUGGCUCAGCCCAUAAUCUGGCCCCCCCAAACCCAUCCUCUGGUGGAACACACUCUCGAUCACUCCCCCCUUCCCCACCCCACUCACCCCACCAUAGUAGGAAGGGCUCCAUGAGUGAAGACUCAAACCCAUUUUUAUUUGACCAAGAUGUCGGAGACAACAUCCAGGAAGCUCUUGAUCGUUUACUCCUUUUCCCCCAUGAUGAACGCCUGGUCACCUUAGCGAGAGAGAGUGCAAGAAACCUACAUUCCUUCAUACCAUUAGAGGAGCGGAAAGAAAAAAUCAACUCUACUCUGGCCCAGCUGCAGACAGCUAUUGAUAGUGAAGGUGAAGUUCGAGUGGAGUUGGCUCGCCAAGAGAAAGAAGCAAGUGAAGGCAACAACAGCUUGACACGAGCUGCUGUUGCUCUUGAAAUAUCCCAGUGUGAUGCCAGAACCCAAGCACUGGCACUGCUAACCCUCCAUUACUGUACAGCCCUCCAACACUGCAACACUGAUUCUGAGAGUGAUAAUGUCAGCAUGGAGCAGAAGAACAGAGAGGCUGACUUCUUGGAUGAAAAAAGACCAGACCAGUUACUUCCAGAGGCCAAUGAGGGCUGACACCAGAAACCUGCCGUCUUGUGAUGUAAUAUAAUAUACUGUUUCUGAGAUAGGUAGUUGCAGCUCUUUUACUCUAGUGCUAUUGUACUAUUACAAUGACUCUGAUCUCUUCAUUGUUAACUUGUUAAAACUGUAAUACAUUAAGCCGUGUUGUCUUGUACUGACUUUAUGAAAAUCUGAUGUCCAAAUAUGUAAAAUACUGCAGGAUUUCAAUUACUUUUGUGCACUCUACCUUAUAAGACUGACUGCUGCUAGACAGUUUAUCAAAGUUUUGAGAUGAGUAAAUAUUGUGUGUCAAGUCAGAGCUGUUGUUAUGUUCUAUUCAUCAUUGUUUAGAUGUCUACACUGAUGAGUGAGAAGAUUGUCAACUGCAUAUUCUGGAAAAGGAAUUUUCUUUAAAGCACUGAACAUAUACUGAAAGUAAAUGUUAGCAUGAAUAAGGUAUUUGAAAAUCAAAUUAAGUUUUGCACAACAGUGUGUAAAAUCUAAUUUGGAGAAGAGAGGAUGGAGGAAGUGUUCAAUAACAUUGCUACGUAAGCAUGGGAGCAUGGAGGGAGAGGUGAGGGAGAGACUGGUGAAGGGCAAACAAAGUAAAAGCUGUAUUAGAGGGAGUUAUGGAAGGAAGUGUGAGCAAGGAGUUAAAGAGGGGUAUAAGAAACAGCAUUAUCCUCCGAACUCUGUUAUAUACAUGAGAUAUGGUGAGGAAUGUAGCACAGUAAUCAUGAAUAUGUGCAGUAGAAAGGAGCUCUAUAAGAGCUGCAUAUAUUACGUCAGAGUAGGACAGAGAGAGUAAGGAAAGUAUGCAGGAGAAGUUAGUUAUGGGUGCAAGAGCAAAAGUGGGUCAUGGAAUUGUUAAUUGGGUGAAGUGUGGUGCUCUGGUUCGGUCAUGUGAUAAGAGUGACUUUGUGAAGAGAAUAUGAAGGCUGGAUUAAGGGAGAGGGUGUCAGGGCAAGAACAUCAGAGAAAUGGAUCUAUGGAAUAGAUGUAUUAGAGAUGGUUAAUUGGUAGGCAAGGGAUUGAAUGUGCUGAGACUAAGGGCCGCUUUCACAGUCGUCUGAUACGCACCCUAACCAAAGGCCCUACCAACCUGGUAACAGGCAUUACCAUCACCUCAAUCCGCUUUCACAGCCGCUGUUUUCGUGGUAUCGGUGACUACCAGCGGGGUGACGUUCAUGACAAGACGAAAGCGCGUGAUUCGGCAGUGUUGGUAUGCCGGAGCGGUGGGAAGUGUCAACAUUACAUCAGCUGAGCGGAGGAUUAUGAAGGAUAAAUGUGAAAAAUAAACGUACAAAAAGUAAACGUGAAGAAUAAAUAUAAAAAAAUAACUGAAAAAUAAAUAUGAUGAUAAAAUGUGGAGUCUCGCUGUAAUACACCACUCAAAUCUGCUGAUAGCCUGAUAUUUCCAAGGGAUAAUAGUUGAAAAUUUAUUUCAUAAUGGUGACAAGUAUUAAAGUUCUAUUACUUGGCAGAUGUCAGCACGACAGACUCUUCACAUAUAUAUAUAUAUAUAUAUAUAUAUAUAU